UAUCAAAUCUCUAAUAGUUACUUAUGCAAGUACGAUAACAUACAUUCAAUGAAAAAACGUGCAAAAUUGGUGCCGGUCGCCGGUGCAAAUGAUGAUAAAAGAAAGCCGCAUAUUAUCGCAGGAGAAGACGUGGUAAGUCGAUCAGCUGAUAACCUAACCCCAACCGUAUAAGGAGAAAACAGCAGAAACAGCGACUGCCAGUGCCAGCAGCAGCAGACCAGCAGACCAGCAGACCGCAGUAGUUCACUACCGCUCUCAAGACAAUAGAAGUAUAUACAUACGACAAUGACGUUGGAUAACGAAGCGGCGGCCGCUCCGGCAGAGGAGAAAAUUUCGAAGAAGGCUUUGAAAAAGCAGCAGAAACAGGAGGAAAAGCAGGCGAAGAAAAAGCCCGUAGAGGCCGAGGCUGCGAUAGAACAGGAGGAUACGUCUGUGGGAAAAUAUGGCCAAGUCAAGAUGAUUCAGAGUGCUGAGCCACACGAUGAGAGGAAGUUUGCGCACAUCAAGGAUUUGAACACAGAGCUGGCAGGCCAGGUUGUGUGGAUCAGAGGUAGACUACAUACGAGCAGAGGAAAGGGAAAGCAAUGCUUCAUUGUUGUUAGACAGCAGUCCCAUUCUAUACAAGGUUUGGCUGCUGUCAAUGACAAGAUCAGUAAGCAAAUGGUCAAAUUUAUAUCUGGUGUGACCAAAGAAUCCAUUGUUGAUGUCGAAGCUAAAGUGCAAAAGGUACCAAAUCCUAUAGAGUCUUGCACUCAGAAGGAUGUGGAAAUACACAUUGAACAAUUCUUUGUGGUAAGUGCAUCCGAGCCACAGCUGCCAUUGCAAAUCGAGGAUGCUGCCAGGCCUGUCAAUGAUAACGACACCUCUAAUCUGAAUAUUAAGGUCAAUCAAGAUACAAGGCUUGAUAACAGGAUUCUGGACUUGAGAACACCAGCAAACCAAGCAAUUUUCAGGCUAGAAGCUGGAGUCUGCAAGUUGUUCAGAGACAUCCUGACAAAUAAAGGAUUCGUUGAAAUUCAUACUCCAAAAAUUAUAUCUGCAGCUAGUGAAGGUGGUGCCAAUGUGUUCACAGUGUCAUACUUUAAAAGUUCUGCAUACUUAGCACAGUCACCACAACUUUACAAGCAAAUGGCUAUUGCUGCAGAUUUCGAAAAAGUUUUUACUGUUGGCGCGGUUUUUAGAGCAGAAGAUUCCAAUACACACAGGCAUUUGACUGAGUUUGUUGGUUUGGAUUUGGAAAUGGCUUUUAAGUACCAUUACCAUGAGGUAAUGGAUACCAUUGGACAAAUGUUCACAGAACUUUUUAAAGGACUUCAAGAAUCUUACCAAACUGAGAUUGGAAUUAUUAAUCAGCAGUACAAAGUGGAACCUUUCAAAUUUUUGGAUCCUCCAUUGAAACUUGAAUUCCCUCAGGCAGUAAAACUGCUGAGAGAAGCUGGAGUAGAAAUGGGAGAUGAAGAUGAUUUGUCAACACCAAGUGAAAAGCUUUUGGGUAAAAUUAUUAAGGCCAAGUAUGACACUGAUUUUUACAUUCUUGACAAAUAUCCUUUGGCUGUCAGGCCGUUCUAUACUAUGCCUGAUACUGCAAAUCCAAAAGCUUCUAACUCCUACGACAUGUUUAUGCGUGGAGAAGAAAUCAUUUCUGGAGCACAGAGGAUUCAUGAUCCUGACUUUUUAACUGAAAGAGCAAAGCAUCAUGGCAUAGACAUAGAAAAGAUCAAGGCCUACAUUGAUGCAUUCAGAUAUGGUUGUCCACCACAUGCUGGUGGUGGAAUUGGAAUGGAACGAGUUGUGAUGCUGUAUCUUGGUUUGGAUAACAUAAGAAAGGUUUCCAUGUUCCCUCGUGAUCCCAAGCGUGUGACUCCUUAAAAGCAUGUUAAAUAUGAUAUUAAAAAUUUAUACAGAAAACAGACUGUAACGAAAAUGAAUGUAAGUUUUAAUAAUUUUCAAGACAUUAUUCUGUAUAUAUAGCGUCUAAUUUGGCUUCAAAAUUCAAAACAAUUUUUUGCAAAUUUAUUUUCAAAAGAUAUUGUAUACAUAUAAAAUAGAAUUAGUAUUCUAAAAAUAGUUGUUAUGAAUUUUGAUUACAUCUUAGUGCUAUAUGAACAAAAAUUAAGAUUGGAAAAACUUUAAUAAAUAAUUUUUUUUUAUGUAUAUUAUACAAAAA